AUGGAUAGCUUCUAUGCAAACUUAUUCAAGCCUACCAGCUAUCAUCUCCUCAACAUUAUUGCUCACUACUUCCUGUUUCUUUUUCUGGCAUCUGCAUAUCUGCAGACUGCUAAGCUCAGUUUGGGUGAUGGACUUCCACACAGUGUGGGAUCAUCAUGCAUUCAACGAGAGAGAGGAGCACUUCUCAGCUUCAAACAAGAUGUUACCGAUCCUUCUGGCAGGCUCUCUUCCUGGGUGGGUCAGGAUUGCUGUCGAUGGAGGGGGAUUUCAUGCAACAACCGCACAGGUCACGUUGUGAAGAUAGACCUCCGGAACUUGCACUGGUCGGUUGACAAAAGUACAUGUUUGGGGGGUAAGAUAAAUUCUUCUUUGCUUGGUUUGAAACAUUUAUUUCACCUAGAUCUAAGCUGGAAUGAUUUUCCACAUAUUCACAUUCCCAAGUUCAUUGGGCAGCUUACAAGUUUAAGGUAUCUCAAUCUCUCAUUUACAUCAUUCGGGGGAGAGAUUCCCCCUUCUCUUGGUAACCUAUCAAACCUGAACUAUCUUGACCUCAGUUCUGCGGUUGUUUCUUCCAAAAACUUCAAUUGGCUUUCUUAUCUCUCUUCCCUAAAAUAUCUAGAUCUUGGAUAUUUGGAUCUUGGUAGCUCAGCACUAUCUUGGGUGCACGAUGUUAAGAUGCCACCUUUACUGUUAGAGUUAUAUUUGUCUGAAUGCAAUCUUGGUGAAAAUGUUCCACACUCCCUGCCUUCAAUGAACUUCACAUCACUACUGGUUUUUGAUAUAUCAAAUAAUUUUAUCAAUUCUUCAUAUCCCAGCUGGUUUUUUAAUCUUACCAACCUCAAAAGACUUGAUCUAGAGGGCAAUUUUUUCAACGGUCCCUUCCCCGUUGAAAUUGCAAACCUCAAGUCUCUGGAAGACCUGGGUUUAGGUAAUGAUGUUCUCCAAGGUCAAAUUCCCAAAGUCAUUGGGACUUUGUGCAGCCUAAGGAUAUUAGAUCUUUCGUGGAACUCGUUGGAUGGUGGCUUGGAAGAGGUUUUGAAUGGUUUCUCAAACUGUACAAAUUAUAGUUUAGAGUCACUUGAUUUGUCCAACAAUCUGCUAGAAGGCGAAUUGCCUGCUGCCCUGGGAAUCCUAGAAAAUCUGCAGGAACUUUACCUCUCUGUUAAUCAUUUUUCGGGUUCAAUUCCAGAAACUUUUGGAAAUUUGUCCUCCUUGAAAUCACUGGACCUUACUUCCAAUCAAAUGAACGGGUCCAUUCCUGAAAGUUUGGGGCAACUCAAUCAGCUAGUUGACCUACAUCUAUCUUCUCGUUCGUGGGAAGGCACUUCAAAUUCGUGGGAAGGCAUUUUAACUGAAGCACAUUUCCUACAUCUCUCUAGGUUAAAGUCUUUCCAAGUAGGCACAGACCGACCUAGGUCCCUCAUUUUUAACGUGGCUCAUGAGUGGGUUCCUCCUUUCCAGCUUGACUCACUUUACAUUGAGAACUGUACAGUAGGUCCUACCUUUGGGGUAUGGCUUCAAUCUCAAACUGAACUAGUGGAGGUCACCCUUCAUAAUACUGGAAUAAGAGACACCAUACCAGAGGAAUGGUUCUUGAAGAUGUCUUCUAAACUCACACGUUUGGAUUUGUCUUACAACCAAAUCCAUGGAAAGCUUCCAUUCAUAAUGAACUCUCCAAAUUUGAUGUAUAUAGAUUUGAGUUAUAAUCAAUUUGAAGGCUCUCUGCCACAUUGGUCUAGUAAUAAUGCCUCCAUCCUCGAUCUUCGGAGCAAUUUAUUUUCCGGGCCAAUUCCCUCAAAUUAUGAUCAACUGUUGCCUACGUUGGACGAGUUGUACCUGUCUGAGAAUCAUUUGAAUGGUACUAUACCACCCUCUAUGUGCAACAUGAGACGUUUGUCAAUUCUUGCAUUAAGAAGCAAUCAAUUGUCUGGAGAAUUCCCCCAAGCAUGGAGUGUGUGGCCAUAUAUGUUCGUUGUAGAUGUCUCUAGCAACAAUUUGUCUGGCAAUAUCCCUUCUUCAAUGGGUGUUCCAAGCUCAUUAUUCAUAUUGAAGCUGAGCAACAAUAAUUUUGGGGGUAAAAUUCCUUCUGCUCUAUUCCAAAAUUGCACUGAUUUGAGGAGUAUUGAUCUUGGAGGCAAUAGAUUUACAGGAAGCAUACCAUUAUGGAGAAGUUCAAACGUCUCAUCUGGUUUAUAUAAGUUACAAUUGCGAUCAAACUCUUUAAGCGGACAUAUCCCACAUAGAUUGUGCUCACUUCCAGCCCUUCAUAUCAUAGACCUUGGCCACAACAACUUUUCAGGGAGCAUUCCCAAGUGUUUGUAUAAUUUGACAGCUUUGGCUUAUGGUAAUGACACUGGUGGCUCCUAUAUUUAUAAUUAUCUUGAGAAGACCAGCUUGACGUUGAAGGGACAAGAACUCGUGUACAACACGACUCUGGCUUUGGUAAAAAGCAUUGAUUUCUCAUCAAAUAAUUUAGAAGGUGUAAUCCCUGAUGGAAUAAGCAACCUCAUUGCCUUGGGUACGUUGAACUUGUCCAGAAAUCAACUAAGUGGAAACAUUCCUUCAAAUAUUGGAAACUUGCGAUGGCUGGAAACUCUUGAUCUCUCACACAAUCAACUUUCAGGGCAGAUUCCACAUAGUCUCUCAUCACUAACCUCAUUGUCUCACUUGAACUUGUCUUUUAACUGCUUGACCGGAAGAAUUCCUACAAGCACCCAACUCCAGACGCUCAAUGAUGCAUCCAUUUAUGCGAGCAAUCCAUAUCUGUGCGGAUUUCCCCUUUUAAUCAAGUGCUCGGGAGAUAGCACACUUGCAUCGACUAAUCCUGGUGGUUAUGAAACAGAAAAUGAAGUUAAAGAUGACAAUGGAAAGCUUGGUUUCUAUAUUAGCAUCAUACUCGGCUUUAUCCUAGGCUUUUGGGGUGUUUGUGGGACAUUGCUUGUAAAACACUCAUGGAGGUAUGCCUAUUUUCGAUUCUUCGAUGACAUUAAAGAUAAAGUAGCAUUGGCUAUUGCAUUGAAGGUGGCUUAUUUCCAAAGACGGUGUUGA